GGUGGUCGAUUAGCUCAAGUGGUUAGAGCGCCGUGCUAAUAACGCGGAGGUUCUGAGUUCAAGCCUCAGAUCGACCAUACAAUUUUAGCCUUUUUGUUGAAAGGCUACCAGUGUUGAUUAAUCACUUGAGUUUUGGACCCAAUUAUUAGUAUGCUUUCUUUUGCAGAAAACACUUUUUCUGUUAAGAACAACAUGAAAAGUUUCUUCAAAGAAGACCCGAGUUUUGUAUUGAAUACUAACUGUUUGAACUUUUGUGAACAUCAGACAAAGUUUAGUGUGAGGAACUGGUUUGAAACACACGGCAAGAAGGGAAGAAAAGUCCCGCGAGGGAAUGUUGGUACUGUGUUUUCGAGGUUUGAAACUCCGUCGAAUGUGAAGAUUACUGUCAUAGGAGGUGGUUCCUUUGGAACAGCGAUGUCAAAGGUUUUUGGUAUGAAAGGAUACCAAGUAUGUUUAUUGGUAAGGGAUCGUAAUAUUGUUGAUGGAAUCAAUCAGGAAAGGAGGAAUCCUAAAUAUCUUAGAGAGUUUACUCUGCCACACAGUGUUUUUGUAAGUCCAUUUUUUUGCAACUGUUCGGGAUUUAAUUUUAUGUACUCGAAGGCAACGUCAAACGUAGAGUCAGCUUUGGAAGGCACACAGCUUGUCGUACAUGCCCUACCCGUGCAAGUGUCACGUGAAGUUCUGGAAAGAGUGGCUCCUUUUAUUCCAACUGGAGUUCCUGUGCUUUCAACUUCAAAGGGUUUAGAGGUCGCAUCCCAUAAGUUUAUGUUUGAGCUUUUACAAGAAACUGUCUCAAACCAUGGGAAUAGAAGACCGUUAGCUUUUUUAUCUGGACCUUCGUUUGCCAAGGAAAUUAUGCAGGAGCUGCCUACUGCAGUUGUGGUGGCUUGUGAAAAUUUAGAAAUAGCCGGUCAGAUCGCCGCUAUGUUAUCGUCUUCAAUCUUUAAGGUAUUUACUACAACAGAUUUCAUAGGUGUUGAAGUUGCCGGUGCACUUAAGAACAUAAUAGCCAUUGCUGCUGGAAUGGCUGAAGGUAUGGGCUUGGGAAUGAACGCCAUAGCAGGGUUAGUUACACGAGGCUGUAGUGAGAUGAGGAGGGUAGCUGAAUUCCUGGGUGGUUCCUCGGUAACCUUGUCCGGUCUUAGUGGCGUGGGAGACACGUUUCUCACUUGCUUUGGCCCGUUAAGUAGGAAUCGAACUGUCGGUUAUCGUUUGGGCAAGGGCGAAAGUUUAAAUGAAAUACUGACGACUUCUCAAGAAGUGGCAGAAGGAGUUGCAACGGCAAAGGCGGUUGUAGAAUGGUUACCCGCUGUACUGAAUACCACUUACACUCGUGCACUUGUACGUUUUCCUAUACUCUUGAGCGUCGCGCCAAUUCUAGAGGGCAAGCUGACGCCUGAAGAAGGAAUGCAGCAACUUAUGGCAAUGCCUCCAACUGUGGAAGACUAAGACUCUAGGGUUAAAGGAUCUUUUGCA